AUGGGAGGAGACCUAGCCACCAAAGAUAGCGGCAAGGCUAUAGCCCCCAAGCCGAACGGUAAUCCAGAUGUGAGCUUCUCACAAUUCAAGCCCUCGUUGAAAGAAGACUUGGGAGUCAUAUGGAAUUCGGUAUCAGACACUACCCAGCAAAACGAAAAAGAACGACUACAAAACCUUGUUACGGAACCGCCCUCUCUUGAGGGAUUGAGGUCCGAAGCUGGAAAGUUUGAGGAAGUUUUGCAGCUAUGCAAGCCGUGGAUAACUUGUAGUCUAGCAUAUCUAGCACUCACAGUUGCCGCCGGUAUGAUGUUAUCGUUUGGGUGCCGUCAUGGCUAG